AUGUUAUAUAAUGCAAGUGCGCUUUACUUUAAAAUGAAUUAUUCCCGCUGCCGGAACGAUAGCGUUCUGGAAAAGGGAAAGUAUAAAGGGUUUAACAAAGAAACGGUUAAACCACUGCUACAAAAAGUGCUCGAGCUACAAGCACGGGCUUCCCCGCAGGAACCUAUGGGCUUAAAGCCGCAAGGGCCCGUUACUUACGAUUGA